UGUCAGGUGCUGAACCUUGAGCGGGUGCAGGCCCUGGAAACCUGGUUGGGAACCACCAAUAUAAAACUGACUCAAGUAAAUGGCCAGAGGAAGUACGGGGGACCACCUGAGGUGUGGAAUGGUCCCACUCCAGAAGGCCGCUGCGAGGUCUUCAUCAGCCAGAUCCCACUGGACACCUACGAGGACCUGCUGAUCCCCCUGUUCAGCUCCGUGGGUCCACUCUGGGAGUUCAGGCUCAUGAUGAACUUCAGCGGACAAAACCGCGGCUUCGCGUAUGCCAAAUACGGCUCACCAAGUGAAGUCGCUGAUGCGAUCCGCCUGCUGCACGGCCACGUGCUGGAGCCUGGCUCCCCCCUCAGUGUUCGUCGCAGCACAGAGAAGAGACAACUCUGUAUUGACAACCUGCCGGUCACCACCAGAGUGGAGGACCUGCUGCAGGUACUGCGUGUGCUCACCAAUGGGGUGGAGAGAGUGUGUCUGAUGACUCAAGCUGGUGUAGAGGGGGUGUCAGCGAAAGUGACCUUCUCAUCUCACCACGCUGCUUCUAUGGCUAAGAAGUUGCUGGUGGAAGCAUUCAAGAAGCGGUUUUCACUGUCCAUCUCAGUCAAGUGGGAGAUAGCGGUGAAGCCGAGCCCGGACAACCCUAUCACUCCAAAGAAACCUUCAAACAGCUCCACCCUGAAGAUCCCCCCAGUGAAGCUGCCAUGCCGCUUCCUAAAUUCUCCACGGCCCUGCUUUGUCCUUCCUCCUCGCUUGGCCCACCACCAUCCAUCCGUCCCCCCAGGUUUCUGCAGCAGGGCAGUGGGAGGACCGACUCCCUUGCUGCACCCUCACCUUUCCUACUCUUCCAUUCUCCACUCCCAGCGGCAGCUCGGGUCUGCAGCCUCCCCAAUGAUGCGCCUGCAUAAGGAGUUCGAGGCGAAUGUGGCUCGCCAGCCGCUCUUAACUCGGCCUCCCUCUAUGAUGACAGGAUUACUGUGA